ACGAACUGUUUCUUCCUCAAAUUUCUGAUGAAACACAAGACUGUCAAAAUGGUCGUGUAUAGGUUACUUAGACAAUCUGAAUAUGAAUGAACUUGAGGAAUAUAGACGAGAAGAGUGAAAGCUAACGAACCAAAUACGGGACUGAGGUUUCUCUGACUCUCGCUCGUAGUAGAAAGUGACGGACAAAAAGUGUGUCUCUCGAGUGCAAAGCAUAAUUUUGUUGAACAGUGUUCUGUGUAGCAUCGAAUGGUGAGGUGUUCUCUCAGAAGAUUGUAUAAAUACUACUCUCUCGUAAACCGAGAUAGACAAGGAUUAAAACAUGGAUUCUUUUGGCGGAGUCGGUGCGCCUAGAGUUUCAACGAAGCAAUGGCACAGACUGAACAUCGUUGCCUCAGUAUUUCUGGUGAUGUUCCUGAAUCGGAUGACUACAGGCCAAGUCUUUUUCAAUGGUCCCUGUCCAAACAUCCAGCCUAUGAAAGACUUCCAGCCAAAAAGGUUCCUCGGUCGGUGGUACGAGAUAGAGAGAUUUUUCGUUUCUUACGAAGAUUUGGCAGGAACCUGUUGGGUCGAAAAUUAUCUCUUCGAGAAAGGCAGAGGUCAUUUCACCCGGCUGGACUGGAAAGACCGUUUAAGCGGAUUGAUUUUGAACAUAGAAAACGGAAUCACCUUCGACAAGAAAGAACCGGGAAGGCUACGAUAUGUUGUACAGCGACCCAGCAUUCCAAUUUUACAGGGAGAAUACUUAAUCCUGGCAACUGAUUAUCAUUCCUAUGCUCUGGCCUGGCAGUGUAUGGACUUCCCGCUACGUUUUGGCCACACAGAAAUCUUGUGGUUCCUUUCAAAAGACCAGUUUCCGAGUUACGAAACCGAGCAGACAGCAAAGCGCACGGCAGCCAAACUAGGCUUGGAUAUUUCAAGACUAAAAAAACAAGACCGCAGUCGCUGUCCAAAAUAGCUACUGAACACCGUUUGUACUAUAGUGGAUUCACAUCAACCGUGCAUUUGAUGUCUAGGCCAGUCCUUACGACGCUCCUGAUUGGCUGUUGAUAAGCCAAUGAAAAGGGCUGGAAACUCUCAAUCUCUAUCGAGAGUUCACAUGGGUAGGAUGUAUGUUCCAUCUCUCCUGAAAGACUCUCGAGAGAGACUGAGAGUUUCCAGCCGUGAUUGGCUUAUCAGGAGCGUCGUAAGGGACUGGCCUAGACAUCAAAUGCACGGCUGAUGUGAAUCUACUAUAGUAUGAAGAAGGAUUAAAUAUAUGAACUUUGUUACGUUUUAACCGGAAUGACAAUGGUAAAUGCAUGUGUGAAAGCAAAACAGAACAUCCUCCAAAGUCACUUACGUUUAAGGACGAUCAUCUCAUCAAUUCAAGUGCUGGUUCCCCGUUGCGCUCUCACACAAGCCUUCAUUUAUUUGUUGCAUUAUUCUUAAAUGCAUGCAUGCAUAUGAUCAUAUUUUAAUGAUUUUUUUUCACAUACAAGAGAGACUUUUUCAUAUUCACGGAUAUUAAGCCAUAAAGAGCGUUUACUUUCGAAUUCAGUACCACGGUCUAGAGUCUAGACCGUAUUCAGUUACACCGAAGGGGGAAUUUUAACUAAUCAAGUCCUGGCUGGUGCAGAUGCACUCGUCACUCGUCAGUCAUUAUUCCCGCUCUCUGCUCGU